GAAGCAACUAGAGUGAGAUUUCAGCAAAAAAGGAGGAUAUUGAUCCAUCCGAGUUACGGACAUCCGUUUAAAGAUUCUUAGUUCCUCGUUUUAGAUUUCCUUCCACGUAAACAUCGUAUUUGGAGAGGACUACAGAGUAGGCACUCAUCGACGGGACGAUUGGAAGUCGGAGUGAGGAUCCCGCCGCAUGGGAGCGGAAUCACGUGCCAAGGGAUUUUUGUCAACAGCUUUUGAAUUAAAAGUCCUGCGGCUGGUUUGAAGUGGAUAGACCACGAAAUAGUAGGUUAAAAACUUCUUUAACAGAAGAUACAGACAUUUUGUCGAACAUUUAAUAGGUAACGUGGUUUUAAAUCUAGUUGUCAACUUUUUAAAAUCAUCAUUGUGUUUCUGGACAGAAUAUUCUUUUCAUUUUGUGAUCAAGACGUACGAACAAUCAGUUCAAGAAGCUCAAAAUACUAAAACUUUUCAUCUUCGUCAUUCGAUAUUUUAUCAAUGAACUGAUUUAAAACUAUUAAUUACGUUCAGGAAUCUGAUGACAUUUUUGCGUCUACUUCAUAAUUGAUGUAAUAUUAUUUUGUGUCAAAAAGUGAUUUUUUUUAAAAUCCCAAGGCAGCUAAAGAACCACAAGUUUUGUGUAUGCAGCUAUUUUGAAAGACUGAAUUAUACGCAAACAUUUAAACUAACUUGUUCAUCUUGACAAAACUGUUCACUGAUAUUUAUUUCGCAAAUACCGAAAAGUCUAAAUCUCUUGAAGAUUUCUUUUACUGCGUUUUAAAUAAGACUGAACUGAACAGCAGUGCUUUACAUAAUCCUGAGACUAACUGUUCAAGAUUUUAUUAUAAGUCAGAAGACUUUUAGACACAUUAUAUCUUAUUCAUAUUUUAUAAAACCAGUGUUCCCAAAGACUUUCGUAAAUAUCAAGAAAGGACAUACUCGGCUAAUUUCCAUAUAUCAGGAAAGAGUUGCAAUCAUCGAAUCAAUCAAGAUAAUACUUCAAUCGCCAGACAAAUAAUAUUCUGGGAGAAGUGAAUACGUUUAAUACUAGUUCCACGUCUACUGAAUUUUAAAAGAAGCUCUAUUUUAGUGAAUUCAAAGAGUACAAAUUGACUCUGUCAUUUUAUUAUUCGCAAUAUUACUGAGUAAUAUUGCGUCCAAUCUUCAUUGCAAGUUUCAUAAGAAAAUUUUUAAGAACCAAGUAAGAGCUUAAUAAGAAAUACAGAGUCAAGGAAAUCUGAAUCUAUUCAGGAAGGACGGAUUGGAUGAAUUAAGAAGUCUGAUAAAGCUUUAACAAUUGGUGGAACACUGAGUAAAAUGGGGUCGGGGCAGUCGUGCAAGAAGAAGAAAAAGAAAUUCAGCAUCACACAGGUUGAUCUGAGGGAAAACAAACCAGUUACCCUCGAUGAUUUCCAGAUUCUGCGGGCAAUUGGAAAAGGGAGUUUCGGAAAAGUUUGCAUAGUCCAGAAAAAGGAUACAAUGAAAAUGUUUGCAAUGAAAUACAUGAAUAAGAGCCAAUGUAUCGAGAAAGACGCUUUCCGAAAUGUCCUGAAAGAAAUUGAAAUUCUAUCCAGCUUGGAGCAUCCCUUUCUAGUGAACUUAUGGUUCACGUUUCAGGAUGAAGAAGACAUGUUUAUGGUAGUUGAUUUGCUCCUUGGAGGUGAUUUGAGAUACCACAUGCAGCAGAGCACUUCUAAGAUCGAACGAGAGCGAGCUAUACUUUAUAUCUCCGAGAUUGCAUUAGCUCUCGAUUAUUUGAAAAGCAAAAGGAUUUUGCACAGAGAUAUCAAACCAGAGAACAUCCUGAUUGAUGAUGGCGGGCACUUGCAUAUUACCGAUUUUAAUAUCGCAACUAUCGUGCAGGAAAAUGAAACUGUGAAUUCCGUCACAGGUACCAAGCCUUAUAUGGCUCCUGAAGUCCUCUUUUGCGCAAUGGAUCACAGCAUUGGUUACUCUUUCCCAGCUGAUUGGUGGUCGCUUGGAGUUACAGCUUACGAAAUGAUUUGCAAUAUGAGACCAUAUCCUGUUCAUUCCAAUAUUAGUAUUGAAGAGAUCCAUGCCGUGAUUAAGAACUCCUGCGUACGAUUUCCGAAAUCCGUUGAUAAAGACCUUGUGAGCCUCGUUCGAGGGCUCCUAGAAGUGGAUCCUAAUAAACGCAUAUCAUCCAUAACACAAAUGAAGGCACACAGCUGUCUGAAAUCCAUUGACUUCAAAGCUGUCUAUGACAAAAAGUACACACCAUCUUUUGUACCAAGAAAAAACCAGCUUAAUUGCGAUCCUACAUUUGAGCUGGAAGAAAUGAUCAUUGAGUCUAAGCCCCUUCACAAGAAGAAAAAGAGGCUUUCCAAACGCAACAAGGCCCGAGGAGCUCCCACGAGCCAACCAAGCCAAGAAGAAGAGGCGAAUCAAAUCUGCAUGGAAAGCAUGCGAAAAGAGUUCGUCCUUUACAACAGAGAAGGCGAACUCCGUAACCUCGAAAUGGCUGAGAGAAAGAAACAGUGGGAAGCGGAAUUGGCCAAAAUUGUCAGCUAAUUCUUGACGAAGUCAAGUCCUCAUCGUAAAUGCAGCAAUCUUGUAACCCGUAAUUGGAGACGGGAGUCAAAAUGACUCCGUGUUGUUCAUUGGCUCCGAUUAUUUUUUUUGUCCUUGAAUACAGUCAUUUCCUCAGUACCUUCAUGUACAGUUCGUUUCAGUAUCCUGAGACGACCACUUUUCGAUGAUUCUGUCGCAUUACGGGGUGAGACGCGGAAAGAUGGGAGCAUUUGCGGAAUUCACCUUUAUUUUAAAUUCCCCCCUCCAUAAGAUACUUUUUCGUUCAAUUUUUUCUCACGUGUAUUCGAGUGUUGUGUCGUUUCUGACAGCAUUUUAUUUUAAUUCCAAAUUGCGUAUUGAUAUGGCUAGUUUAAGUGGCAAUAAAGCUUUCUGGAAUAGUACGACGAAAAUUUCCUAAUUAUUUCAUAUAUUUAAAAAUAAAAUAUUCUUAAGAAAAAUCAUUAAUAAUAUUGUUUUUUUAAAUAUCGAAAUAUAUAAAAUAUCAUAUAUUAAAAAUAACAUUUCUAAUAUAUGAUAUUAGAAAUGUUAAGACGUUCCAUAUUUACAGUAGUUCCUUAAAGGAAAAUAAAAUGUUUUAAACAGAAUAAACUCUCGAUUAUCCAUUGUAAUUAAUCUUAAAAUAUUGUCAAAAAAUUCAAUAACAUAUAAAAAAAAAGAAUCUUUUUAAUGUAAAAAAUCAUUAUUUCGUAAAAAUGUAAUUAACAAAUUUUUAGAACAUAAUUUUUCAUUUAUUCUUCAUAAUUUAACAUUUGUACCCCUUACAUUAAACAAAAAUUGCUCUGAAAUAUUUUAUUGUGCAUUGUACAUUUUUCCGCCAGUAUUACUAAUUAUCUGCAAUAUUUACAUCUCAUAAAUCCGCGAAUAAUCCGAGUUUACUUUAUUGUUAAAUGUAAACAUCGCCUUUCAUCUUUCCUCUCACCCCUAUUUUGACGAAUUAAACUUACCCUAACGCUUGCGCAAAAGCGCGGAGGGUUAUAGAAUCUGUAGUCAAACAUUAGAUUUAGAUUUAGACUUAGAUUUAGAUUUAGAUUAUUACAUUUAGCAGUGUGUUGUCAGAAAUCCAAGUUUAACUCAGUUAUAUACAUGUGCCCAUACUUUUUCAAAGUUUUCAUUGCUAUUUAUGGAGUCAUUGACCACAUCUCUGAAAUUGUGAUUAAAAAACUAUAUAAAGCAUCAGUGAAUUUCUACAUAUUUUGCAUAGCAAUCUGUAUUGUAUUCUUCAUUUUUAUUUGUUAAAUUCUAAGUUGUUAAUGUUAAUGUCAUCCCAUAAUAUUUAAACGAAGUUAGUACUAAUCAAAAGAUCGUUUAGGUUUUUCUUAUAAUAUUUUUCCAGCGUUUGAUAUUAUAAACAUUUAGCAUUUUUAAUAUUAAUAUUUUUAACAUUUUUGAUAAUUACAUGAUUUCCAGAAUACAAUGCGUUUCCAAAAUAAAUAUAUAAAUUGUUUAUAAAAGACAAAAAAGAAAAAUUACAAUGGAGUCUUUUUUUCUCCAUGUCUCUGACCGCGCGAAGAAAUUCAUGUCUCCAGUUACGGGAUAGAGAAAAUGUAGUGGCACUGAAUGAAAACUAAAUGUCCUGCUUGAAUAUGUAUUGGUGUUUGCAAUGCGAAAGCACUUGUCAGUUUUUUUUAUGCCCAUUAAAAUGAAUGCGCUUAUUCAUAUCACGCAACUUUUCAGCACGUACAGUGUAUACAUUAUUUGUGACAUUG